UCUGUAUUAAAAAGUCCUAGUACUGCGGCGAUGUGGCUCUCUACUCUAGCAUUUGUUGCAUUGACAUUGCAACUUGUCGCUUCCAACAAUGUCGAAGAAAGUACUUGUUCUUACGAUAAUAAAGGUUUAGAGGUGGCCAACGAGGGAGGUAUGUCGCCUCUUGGUCUCUAAGAGGAGACUUUUGAUUUCGUCUCGGAAAAGGAUGGGGACUAGUUCGGAAGUCGGCAUUGUUCGGCAAGUCGAUGCAAGUUGCAGAAACGUUACGCGGUCACUUUGAUGGCCUGCUCAGUCAUGAAGGCACCAACAGUCUCACAGAAAAAUUUGACUCUUUGUCUGCUUCAGCAUACAUGCUGUACGAUGGAUUGCACAUUCCAAGUGUGGGAGAGUCCUGGGACAAAAUUGUGGGGCUUAGUUCAAAUAUCCAAGGGAAUGUAUUAUACGAACUUGAACUCUUCCAACAUGCCAAGGAACUUUAUCCCUCAGAGAUAUCGGAGCUCAAGAAGUCUGUGAAUAGUAUUGCCAGUACAGCUACAUCACUGCACCAAGUCGUUAAAGGAGCCGCAGAACAAUGCGAAAUUCCUUUCGAUUCAGUAUUAGAAGAACUUCGAAAUUCCUUUUAUGUCCUAUUUGAAGAGCUUAAAGAGCAGUUCCCGCCACCCGAGGAGGCUCCCAGCUACGAGGAUCGUACCCUCAUGAUCGACACAGUUCUUGAUCGUGUUGAGGAGACUUUUCUGCGGGUUGCCAUCAAGUACGGAGCAAGUGAAGAAGUCCUGAAAGAUCACACCAGUUCUUUCAUGUCCGGUGUUCGACAUAUUUUAAGGAUCAUCAGAGACCAUUACGAACAGCACACUCGGUUUGCAUGGAUCCUCUUGUACAUUGCAAUUGCCCUCUUGUGCAUUGUGAUUGCCCAACUAUAUGGACCGUGUUUUUUACUCUUAGCCCUCAAGAUAUAUGGAAUUGGGCCAUUGGGACCAAUUGCAGGAACUCCUGCUGCAUGGUUGCAAGUGUGGUUAUUUGGCGGGGCUAUCCCAGCAGGUAGCUGGUUUUCGAUACUGCAGCGCAUAGCCAUGACAGGUGAAUGUUAAAGCUGGAGAGCGACCUUGUUUUAUGUGUCUACAACAUGGUGGGAGGCGACAAAGAGAGGAUGGUCUACGACGUAGGUAUAUAUACGUAGUCGAGACUAUCCGAACAACGAACGAUGACGAAGGGUGAAAUACCAAACUCUAACAGUGCAAUGUUUUAAAUGGCUUCUUCAAUGCCAGAAAUGUUCAUAUCUCGUGAGCAUUUGCGCCAUCUUCAUAAAACAGAAUCUGACGUUGAGUACUGAGUACUGAGUGUCCAGACCUAUGCACAAGGCGCUUUUUGGUUUUGGGGCCAAACAAAUAUCCUUAAUGGAUAGCGGCACACAAACUGGUGACCUUCGUGAUAA